AUGCCUCAAGAAGAGAUUGUUCAACCAAGUGAAGAAACAUGGCCUUUUCUUCUCCGUUACCCGAUCUCCACACUAGGUAUGUGCCUUGGAGUGAGCAGUCAAGCCAUAAUGUGGAAAACCCUAGCCACCGCCGAGCCAACAAAGUUCCUUCACGUUCCUCUCUGGAUCAACCAAGCUCUCUGGUACAUCUCCGUCGCUUUAGUGCUCAUCGUUGCCACCAUCUACCUCCUCAAAACCAUCCUCUACUUCGAGGCUGUACGCCGCGAAUACUACGACCCAAUAAGAAUCAACUUCUUCUUCGCUCCCUUCAUUGCCUUACUCUUCUUAGCCCUCGGAGUCCCACCUUCCAUAAUUACGGAUCUGCCACAGUCCCUUUGGUACGUCCUCAUGUUUCCUUUCGUAUGUCUUGAGCUCAAGAUUUACGGUCAAUGGAUGACCGGUGGUCAACGCCAGCUGUCCCGAGUCGCCAACCCGUUGAACCAUCUCUCGAUCGUUGGGAACUUUGUUGGGGCGUUGCUUGGUGCAAGCAUGGGACUUAGGGAAGGACCAAUAUUCUUUUACGCCGUUGGUAUGGCUCAUUACUUGGUGCUAUUUGUGACUCUCUACCAAAGAUUACCGACCACCGGGACAUUUCCUAAAAAUCUUAGCCCUGGGUUUUUCCUCUUUGUCGCGGCUCCAAGCGUGGCUUCCAUGGCUUGGGCUAAUGUCACUGGCUCAUUUGAUUAUGGCUCUAAAGUUUUUUACUUUGUUGCCAUUUUCCUCUAUGUCUCUUUGGCUGUUCGAAUUAAUUUCUUUCGUGGUUUCAAAUUUUCCCUGUCUUGGUGGGCCUACACCUUCCCAAUGACCGGGGCUGCUAUUGCAACCAUCAAGUACGCAACAGUGGUUAGGAGCACAAUUACUCAAGUCAUGUGUGUGAUACUAUGUGCCAUUGCAGCACUAGUCGUAUUUGGACUUGUCGUGACCACUGUCAUCCACGCCUUUUUCCUCCGCGAUCUGUUCCCAAAUGAUCAAACCAUCAUCAACGUGAUCCCGGAGAACAUUGAGAAUGGCUUGAGAUUUAUAGACUCGGAUAACCGUCAAAGUAAUGAUCUAGAAGCUGCCAAUGGCAAAGCUCAAAAUAGUGGUUUACCAUAA